AUGUCCGAAUUGGACGAGUUUAAGGAUUUAAAAGUUGAGCAUCUAUCGGAUUUGGCGGAAAUUUUGAAAAAUCAUUACAACAUCGUUGAUUCAGUCAUUCGGCAACUUCUGAAAAAGGAUGGAAGUGUGUCUGAAACUUCUGGAAAAGUCGAUGAUGUUGUUCCUCAAGUCAAUGAGACUCUAUCGGCAUAUGAUAAGUACUUGUUGAAGCAUUCUCAAAAAACUCCAGAACCUUCACCCAUGAGUACUCAAGUGGAAGAAGU